GAUGGACCAGACCACAGACGGGGACUUUUGAGAAACCCUCGGUUUCCGAGGUUUCCGAGGCUUCCGCGGAGAAAAGGGAAAUACUCAGGGAAGCGUACCUACCCCCCAGUGGGUGCAAGAUAUUGAGAACCAGAACGUACAGUGCUUGUCAUGGCCUUACAAUAUUUUCCAGAGGCUACUGUGUUCUACAGGACUCCCGGGGAAAGAACACUAACCGAAGAGCAAGCAAUUCCCGCAUCUCUUCGUUACCCGUCCUCUUUCAUGAAAGUGCUCUGUUUCUUUGCACUCGGACGCCCCGAUCUUGAAGAUCACUGGGAAUCGCUACAAUCCAAGGAAGAGUUCGAGGACGUGAGGAAAAGGCUGUGCUCUAUUCUGUCCAACAUUAUCUCCACAGCGAGCCUUCUUCUCGCGACAAGUGGCGUUUUCGUGACUACAGGUUCUCCUGUGCCAUACUUUGACUAUUCCUCACCUGCGACAUAUUUCUUGCUCUUCAUGUCACUCAUGCUGGCCAUGAUUGCAAUAUUGACAUCUGGUUUCAGCAUGAUCCGCUGGCUACACACUGAUCGGCGGUGGGCUCGAGAACAACUCAGGCCGGGUGGCUACUUCCUCUUGUCCUACCUGUUAUCGAUCGUCAUGCCCAUAUUGUUUGUUGGCUGGUCCUUAAAUUGUUUCAUAUUUGCGAUGUUGAUAGCCGGUUUCUACUCCCAAAACACGGCAUGCCGCACUCUCACCGCAGUCUGGCUGGUCAUGUACGUCAUCUGCAUUGGGGUGAUAUUGAUGGAAUUCGCGUGGAGGUAUGCGAAAGGCCUCAAAUCACAAUGAUUCAGAUACCGUCGGAAGCUUCUAAUUUUACUUUUCGCUUUUUUACCGCGUGCGUUGAAUUAUGGACGAUACCCUGGCAAAUGCUGUGUGCUUAAUUUAUAACAGCAGAGAUCUAUGUAGUUUCUUUUACUUUGAAUAGGAUCCCCAACGCGAGUGCUUGAUA